CGAAAACAUACCACCAUAAUUCAAGUAUUCAUGGUUCGAGUCGCUUUGAUGCAACCUUUUUUUCUUCAUCUGUCCUGGUAUGCAGCACCUAGGCCUUGGUACAAGAGGAAGUUGGUAUUGUUAGAAAUCUUAGAUUAACGUUUUGUUACUCUUCUGCGCCAUCAAACAAUCUGUUGACAAGUUCUGUUGUGUGUAAUUGCAGCCGGGUGCACUGAGACCGGCGAGCUCUUCGUACAUAUAAUAUUAUGUUUCUCAGUUGUAUCGAGUCUUCCAUUUUUAGGACUACGAUUCAGUCUACACUAAAACAAUGCCUUUGUGUUUCUCAUGCUAAACGGAAAUUCAUGAGCGUUCGUAUGAUCGCUAGUGAUGCGAAAGCCGGUGUGACUCCUUCUUCACAGCGUGAAUCUGAACCAAUUGCAGCCUCAAAUCUGCUUCACCAUAAUACUCCUAAGCCUACGCCGUUGAAAAUCGGAGCCUACGAUGCCAAACAUGAUUGGUCGAGUACGAAGAACGGCUGUGUGUUUAGCAUCCCUAAAUCUGCUUACGAAAAGCUUGACACUAUGGGCUCCAUUACGACUCAGAAGAAGCCGUUCUCAUUUUUCGAUAAACCGGCCCUGCUGCAACGGAACAUUACUUCAACGAUAGUUGACAUUUUACAACGACGUACCGAGUUUAAUUCAAGGGAUGCUCGUUAUAUUAUUGAUGGUGAACCUGGGUCCGGACGAAGUGUCGCUUUAAUACAAGCACAGCUUUAUGCCUUUCAACAGCCGAACAUUCUGCUCCUUGCUGUGAAUAACUGUGACUUUUGGACCAAUUCCACGAGCGCGUAUGAGUUCGAAGAAAACAGUCAGCAAUGGAUUCAGCCCAACCUGACGGCCUCCUUUCUCAAACCAAUUCUUGAGGUUAAUGGUAACCUUUUAAAAAAAAUGGCGCUCUCAAAUAUACCAUCCGACACACCUAGUGCCCUUCAGAAUGUCUCUCAUUUGCACGACCUGCUCUCCAUUGGAGUGAAAAACACUACCGCUGCUCCAGCGGUUUUGAAGCUUUUCUUUCAGCAGCUUCAACAACUCCAUCUUGUUGACAAUGCUCCUGUACAGAUACUGCUUACCGUUGACAACUUGUCGAUUUUCACUGUCCCUACUCGGUACAAAGAUCCGGAAAACAAACCGAUUCACCCAUUCAAUUUUCAAUUUAUAAAUAUGAUUAUGGAAUUCUUGUCAGGAAAACGAUACUUUGAGCAUGGCACUGUACUUGCCGCAACGUCGAGUCGUCCACAAGUAUCUACUCCAUCACUUAACCAAGCGCUUGGUAAAAAGGCGCCAAAUCCAUAUGCAAACCUCGAUGACCGUGUUUUGCAAACACUAAAGGAAGUCAAUGUACUUCAAUCUGAACCUUAUUCACUUGAGGAGGCUCGGGCCCUAAUGACUUACUUUGUUGAAGCGAAUGUGUGUUUGGAAAGUCUUGACAAGCAUCAGCAAAACUAUGUCCUUAGCGGCGGGAAUCCACGUCAAUUUUUUCACGUUUGUACUAGUUUAACUUAAUUGUCUUUUUUUCUUCUUCUUUCGUUUCAGCACAAAUUCUCAAUCGCUUUUC